AUGAUAAAUUAUGAAUACAAGCGUCGCAAGCAGUAUCGUAGUGUCGUAAAAGUCAUUGUUUUCGUAUUGUCUUAUCCUGGGCGGUUGUUCUCCCGGAUUUAUUGUAGACAACGUUUAAUGCUAGACUUUAGUCGGACGUCUGUACUGUUCAUUUACAAAGGGCAGCGUAACGUUGCGAAGCUCGCAUUGCAAGAUGACACGAUGAUUGCGCCUGACUGUGAUUAUAAGGUUCACAAACUUGGACUUGAGACUGCAGACGAUUGGAAGGACUAUUUUACGAAGGAUUUCUAG